ACAAACAAGCGUGGUCAGUCGAGACAACAUGGCGAAGAAGCAAGCACGUAAGGCUGUCGAGGAAGAGGAGGAGGAAGUACAAACUCCAGCGGCGCCAACGGGUUUUACUCCUCCGUUGACAAGGGAUUCAGAUGUUCCAGUGAAGAAGAAGCUGAAGAAAAAAUGGACAAACAAACAACGCGUUCUAGUAUUUGGCUCAAGAGGUAUAGGAUAUCGAGAAAGACAUCUAAUGGAAAAUCUGCGCACCCUAAUGCCUCAUUCCAGACGAGAAGUGAAGAAGCAGAAAAGGGAUGAUCUCAGAGUUAUUAAUGAGAUUGCAGAGAUGAAGAAUUGUAAUAAGUGUAUAUACUUUGAAAUGAAAAAGAAAAAAGAUUUUUACAUGUGGAUUUCACAAGUUCCCAAUGGACCAUCCAUUAAGUUCUUAGUCUUGAAUAUUCACACCAUGGGCGAACUGAAAAUGACCGGAAACUGUUUGCGAGGUGCACGACCUCUUCUAAGUUUUGAUCCGCAGUUCAGCGAGCCACAUUGGGCUGUCAUGAAGGAAUUAUUCAUACAAACUUUUGGCAUCCCAAACUACCAUCCAAGAAGUCAACCAUUCCAUGAUCACGUCUAUACUUUCACCAUUGUGGAUGGUAAAAUUUGGUUCCGUAAUUUUGAAAUAAUAGGAGCAGAUGGGAAGUUAUCAGAGAUUGGUCCACGAUUUGUCCUGAACCCUGUAAAAGUGUUUGCAGGUAGCUUCGGAGGAGAAACACUGUGGCAGAAUCCUAACUAUAUAAGUCCAAACCUGAUGCGUAGUUUGGUCAAGAAGAAUAUGAUGGGGAAAUAUCUUCAACGGAGGCAACAGAAGGACUGGAAUGCCAAGCGAGGGCCUGCUGGUAUGAUUGGAGAUCCCACUAAUGAAAUAUUCCAGACCGAUGCAAAUGAUGAUGAAUAAAUGUAAUUGAUAUCUUGCAUUUGUGCAUUGAUAGCAAAUAGGUAUAGUUGUUAUAUU